UUCAGUAGCCUCCAAGGCAGAUGUUUUCUAUUUGACAUGCCCGGAUCAUGUAGGACCAGUGUUUUAUAUAAAGUAGAUGAAUUUGUUUCGUUCACUUAGAUCAGCAUUAGAUACCGAAGGUUUAUUGUAAUAUAACUAAUAUUACGCCAUGCUUUCACAACUUAUCGUCCUAUGCGUUGCUAUGAACGCCAUCCACGCACGAUCAGUUAUCACAGAAGCAAGGUUACCCGAAUACUGCCUGUCGGAUAAUCAAAUCACAGCCAGGGAUACCAACAUUAACUGUCUUGUUCCAAGUGACGCCAUCCUUAAUUAUGACGUCUUAAAACUAUGGAGUGAUCGUUUAAACCAAGAUUUCAGCUUUACCAUUGAAUGUGAAAAUGGUGGCACGGUGGAACUUCCAUGGCCAAUGAAAGCCCAAAGAAUCGUAAAUUUAAAGGUGAAUGGAUGCAGAAUGGUGGGUUUCUUCAAAAAUAUGAAGUUACCAUCCAAUAUACCCGACACUAUGAAAGAUCUGAUUAUUACGAAUUCUACCAUUGUUUACACCAUGGGAGAUUUAAUUGAAGUGUUGAAGCGUUACAGUGAUGCCAGUUUAUCGGAGGAAAACGAAUGUGGACAGCAGACGAUGACGAAAUUCAUUUUCAGGGAUAUUAAAUUCGAUGCCCAGAUGGAUAUAGUCGAUCCAAAUAUAUUGAUGGCAAUGGAAGGUCAUGUGGAAAACAUGAUCAAUUCUUCCUCAUCUCAGAUAUGCGAUUACAGACAUUUGGCAUAUUUUGAUGAGAGCGGAUCCACACCAACGUCCAGUUACCAUUUCAAAUUACUGACAAUGAACACUCAAUAUCCAUCUCUAAGAACGUAUCGAACGGCUGAAGUUGAUUUAUGGAGAAUACCGGACCAACUUCAGAAUUAUCGACAGUAUUUUCCUUGUUUAAAACGCCUUGAUAUGUCUAACAACAACAUCGAAACUGUCAAUUUUACCAUGGUCAGCACAACGCCAUGUUUGUUAUCGCCUACCCAGCAACCAAGUUACAUAAACUUACGCUUCAACAAGAUCACAACAGUUUCUGCCGCCAUGUUGGACACCAUGAUGGAUAAUGACAUCAUCGUAGAUGUUCGUAACAACCCGAUAAAUUGUACAUUACAAGGUGAUUCCUUGAAGAAUUAUGCUGAACACAUGGUUACUGUUUAUCCGACGUUUUCCUCGCUCUUCAGUGAUUUACCGUGUCGUGAACAACAAAUAUUCUGAGUUAAAAGUGGAAAAAACUUUAAUAACUGUAGACUAGUGAACCAAUAUAAAAAAUAUAAUAUUAUAUAUUAAAGAAAAAUGCAAAUAGCAAGAAAAUUAGAAUCGUAAUCGUAAAACUUCAAAAAGUAAAUAUAGCCUUUUUGUGUAACGAUGUGAAAUUGACAACGAUUUAAUAUUACAUAAAUUUGUAUUCUAGUCAUAAAUUUAUUAUAUUUUAUCAAUUUGAAAGCCAGUCGAUUAUCCAUAAUAACAUAUAAUUUAGCUAUGUAUAACCUUACAGAAUAAUCAGUUUUGUAACAAUCAAUAUGAUAUAUUAAAGUUUUUAUUAUUGUA